GACGGGCUCAGCCGAGCUCUUGCCAACUUGGCUCCCAGGAGCCAGCGUUUGGGAGCGCUGUGAUGGGGCUGUAAAGCGCGUCUGAAACUUUCCUGUAAGGCACUUGGCUUUUCUCCUUGUACCUCUUGCUUGGGAAGCACCUCUGGCCUCCAGAGAUGGGGAUCUCCUUGCUGGAUAGCUGCCCUGGCUUCCGGUGGUGGGGAGACCAACGCUAAAUGCCAGCUUUGGAUGCGGUUGGUUGUGCUUUCAGGCCAGCAGCAAUGAAGCACUGCUUUUACAAUGAGACUGUGGGGUUCUUCUACAACAAUAGCCGCAAAGAGCUGACCACGUACUGGAGGACAAAGGAUGUCCUGGUGGUUGCCCUCGGCCUGACAGUGAGUGUCAUUGUGCUCCUGACCAACCUGCUGGUCAUCACCGCUAUCAUCAUCAACCGCCGCUUCCACUACCCCAUCUACUACCUGCUGGGGAACUUGGCAGCUGCAGACCUCUUUGCUGGCAUCGCUUACAUGUUCCUCAUGUUCCACACGGGGCCCAGGACAGCAGAGCUCUCUCUGAAGACCUGGUUCAUCCGUCAGAGCCUGCUGGACACCAGUUUGACAGCCUCUGUGGUGAACCUGCUAGCAAUCGCUGUGGAAAGGCACCAGACUGUGUUCACUAUGCAGUUACACAGCAAAAUGUCCAACCAGCGUGUGAUGAUCCUCAUCUUCUGUAUUUGGGUCACAGCCCUGCUCCUGGGGCUCAUCCCAUCCUAUGGCUGGCACUGCCUCUGUGCAUUGGAGAAGUGCUCCAGCAUGGCACCGCUCUACAGCAGGAGCUACCUGACCUUCUGGGCCAUCUCCAACCUGGUUAUCUUCCUGAUCAUGGUGGUUGUAUACACGCACAUCUUCAUCUAUGUCAAAAGGAAGAUGACCCGGAUGUCCAAGCACACGAGCUUCCACCCGCGCUACAAGGAGACCAUGAUCAGCCUGGUCAAGACGGUCACUAUCAUCCUAAGUGCUUUUGUCAUCUGCUGGACUCCAGGACAAGUUGUGCUCCUCCUGGAUGGCCUGGGCUGCAAGAGCUGUAAUGUUCUAGCAGUGGAGAAGUACGUCCUGUUGCUGGCAGAGAUCAACUCCUUGAUAAACGCUAUCGUCUACUCCUACAGGGACAGCGAGAUGCGAAGCACCUUCCGGAGGAUCCUCUGCUUUGUGUGUUACAGGAAUUCCAAAUACACCCCCACGGUGGUGAAGUUAAACACCACAGACCGUAAGACACUGUCUCAGAACGGGCACUUCACUGUAGAUUCCUCUAUUUAGCUCUUGCUCAGCGCCUGAUCCUGAGGAGGGAGCAGAGGGGAAGAGUGACCUGCUUCUAAAGCAGCAGAGCCUUCCCUGCUGUGCUCAAUACUUGUCGUGGGUAAGGGACAAGAUAAGGAGCUGCUGGAUGGUGCAUUGUUGAGGACAAGCACACAUGGAAUAGCAUUCUUUAUUAAAGACUGCUAUUUCUAAUGCAAGGUUGAUUUAAUGGAGCAGCAUCUAGAGGCGUGCUGGGUGCUACAGGAAUCUCCCACCAAGCAAAGUAUUUGGUACUUCAGUAUUACUGCCUCCAGAAAGAGUUGUUCCAGCAGUAGCAUCCCCCAAAGAGCCAAAGCUCUUCAGCUUUAUGCAUUGUCUCCUAAACAGAGCUGCUUUAGUGUUUCCCCAGAGAGCCCUAUUCAGGUUGUGUUCCACCUGCAUCAGAAAUCACAUUGUUAAGGCCUCUUCAGGGAGGAAGUGGGUUGAAUUGCUUCCCGAGAAGCAGAUUCCUGCUUUCUGAAGUGUUCUGGGCUUUUGUAGGAUGUCUUAGGAGCACCUAAUGCUUUCCUAAAUGGGAGAGUGGUGCUGUAACUCACUGCAGCGGUAUUUGUGUUCUGCUAAAUGAUCCCAUGUGCUAUUUGCAAGUUCAUUGCCCGUUCUUAAAUGUGGAGUGAGUCACGUUCCCAUGAAACCAUCUUUCUACUCGCUGAAAGCCCUUUGGGACAGGUUUAGGUUAGAUUCCAAGGCAAGCAGUAGUUUGCCUUGGGUUUUAAUGUGCAGUUUGUACCUUCAUACUCCAGUGCUCAGCAGUUCAGUCUGUUCAGAUGUAGCCUUUCCCUCAGCAAAGCCCCAUGAGGAAUUAGGAAUAUUAAUGUUAGUCCAUGUAGGAUCUAGUUUUCUAAGUCCAUUUGCUGCAGGUGAUGUGCAGUGUGAACUGUCACUCUUGUAAAGCCACAACUGGAGGGCAGAGGCUCUGCUGGUGGAAGAAUAGUCCCAGCUGAGGACCUAAAACUUCUCCUUCAUGCUGUUAAACUUGAACAGUGGGAAUAUGCCAGUCCAAAAUCCCAAGUGAGUCAUUUGCCAUGAGCUCCUGUGAGAGCAGGGAGAGGCUGACAGGAGGCGGGGGUUGGAAUCCUGGUUAAAUUCAUCAUUUUCAGGGGGUUUUAACUGGGUUUUAACAAUAAACAGCUCCCUGAGUGAUCACCUCAGCUGGCUUUGAGAGAAGACAACUUUCCCAGAGGCAUUGUUACUCACGUGUGUGCAUGGACUUGUUGUUCUUGCAGGACAGAGUCAGGAAGUGCCAGUAUAAAGGUGACAGUCUCCUGGAUUGACUAAACCAGUCUUGGAAUAUGGUUCCCAUCUCUGUGUCCCAGAGGCUUUUUGAAUAAAUGUUGUCCUGGGUUUUAGAAAAGAA